UGGUACCAACUUUGCUAGAUAUAAUUAAAAUGCAAUCAAAACUGUUCUUAUGUAUAUAUAUUAUUGAAUAAAUGUCAUAUAUACAGAAUUGCCAUAUAACCUCAAUAGCCACCCCAGUGGCACCGGGCGCCCGGGUGAUAAACGGAGCGGUAACCGCAAACGGGCGGGCCUCCAAGGAAGAGAAUAGCGGGUUCGCGUUCGUCAACUGCACAAUCGGUGGAACCGGAAGGAUUUGGUUGGGCCGGGCUUGGAGGCCUUUCUCCACCGUCGUCUUUUUAAACACCACCAUGUCCGAUAUUAUCGCAUCCGAAGGAUGGAACGAUUUCAACGAUCCUACCCGAGACCAGACAAUAUUUUAUGGAGAGUACAAUUGCACAGGGGAUGGAGCUAAUACGACACUUAGGGCACCUUAUGCACAGAGAUUAAACGACACACAAGCAUCUUUAUUUCUUAAUGUUUCUUUCAUUGAUGCUGAUUUAUGGUUGCAAUCUUACACCUCCCAACUAAUUUAAUUCUUUAUGUAUUGUACAAAUAUUAUAUUUACCUAUACAUAUAUAAAAAAAUACAAAUACUGAACUUUUUUUUAU